AUGGCCGACGAAGCAAAGCCUGCCAUCCUGGCCCCGCCAGCUGUCACGGCGCUCAAGAAGGAAGCCGCGGCCAACCUUAUGCAACGCGUCCAGAUGGAACGAACCGUCAGUGAGGACAUGCGGAACGAGCGCGAGGACCUCAAGGAGGCUGCCGAGCACAGCAUGAACGUGAUCAUGGACCUGGGCUUGGACGGGAAGAUACGCUAUGUCAGCGCCUCAUGGAAGGAUAUAGUUGGCACGACUCCACAAGAAGUUGUAGGAAAGCCCGUGUCCGAACUGCUGCUCGACAAUCCCAAUCAAUUCGCCGAGACAGUGGAGUCGAUCAAGCAGGACGACUCCCGCAGCCACAUCACCCGCUUCUCCAUGCGUCUGGGGCCGCUCUCAGUGUUGAGACGGAAGCGAUCGAAGCAAUCCGAGUCAGAUCAGCAGCAAGAGUGCGCCCUUGAAACGCCACCAAGCGAGGAGGAGGAAGAGCAGAUUAUCAAUCUCGAGGCUCAGGGCAUCAUGGUCUAUGACCGGACGACUGGCGAGGAGAGCCAUACCAUGUGGAUGAUUCGUCCUGCGGUUAUCCGCGAGGUGACCAUCGACCUGCCAGAGGUGCUGGUGGAAUCGCUCGGUGUUGGCGCUGAGAUGCUCGCUCAUUAUCUGACUGGUCUGGCUGAAACGGCUGCCCACGAUCCCGGUAAUCACCCACCGCCUCUGCCUGCACUUUGCCGUAUCUGUGAGCGUCAGAUCACCCCAUGGUGGUUCGAGAAGCACACCGACUUGUGCCUGCAAGAACAUCGCGCAGAGAUGGACGUGCAGAUGGCGCAGGAGGCUCUCACCGAACAUCGGAACAACAUUGUCAAGGUGCUAGAUGCUUUGGAAGCGCAGUCGCGGCCUCCAAGGGCGACUUCCACUGAACUAGUCCAGCCACCGCAGCCUCCGGAGUACAAGGGCGCCAUCAUCCAGCCGACUUCGACGCCUUCUUCAGGGACACCAUCAGGACGAAAUUCUCCAGCCUCUCCACCCUCCAGGUCCCGAGAACGGCCCAGUGGGUUCGGUCACCAUCGUGCACGGUCAUUCGCUGUACGUCGUCCACUAGCCCGUAUUGUGGAGCUCGUGCUCGACCUGUGCGACACUGCCGUCGAGAUCAACACUCCUGCUAUCAAAGACAGCGCCCGGUCACAGUCUGUUGCUGAGAUUCGUACUCAAUCGCCCCAAUCCGAGAACCGCAUAUCACAGGUGCUCCAAUGGCAAUCACCCACAGCCGGGUCGACGGAUCACUGCGAGGGCCUGAAGAUGCUCUGUGAAGAUACGAGCAAGCUAGCAAGAGCGAAGAUCGAUGCCAUCUUUCGUCAUCGUCGUAUCUUAGAGUACUCCGAGCGCCUCCGGGUUGAAUUCGAUCUUCUCGUUCAAGAGUGCAUUGAAGCUGCUAUGGACAAGGCUGCUCGUAUAGCCGCAGGUGAGGAUAGUUCUUCGGAAGACGAACAACGGCAGGACGACGACCCUCCCCCUCAAACACCAGAUUUUCCCACGGGCGAGGAAGGAAUAUUCCCCGGGUCGUUCGAUGCUCCCUCAGCAAUGGCCACAGCUCUUCGCAAUGCUUCCGAGGCCUCUUUGACCGCUCGGGUCAGUCGGAGAGAGUCGUCAGUGGCAGGUUCAACCCGGUCAAGCAGCCCUCACACAGGUACCCAAACUCCACGUUCGCAUGCUGGAGCGAUCACUAUUCCCAACCAGAACAAGAGACAAUCCAUGCAUUUCGAAAGCGAUGCAGGUGGAGAAAGUGACAGCAGUAUGAGAUCGUCGGUAUUGUCAGGCCCCAGACGCGCAGAGUCCCCUUCGUCUGAACUCGGUCUGAGUAGGAUCGCAAGCUCGAGAGAGCGAAAACGCAAGAGCCUUAUCCUGCCCUCGGUCUUGUCGAACAGCCGGCAGCACUCCCCAGCACGGCCUCUGGUGACUCCUUCAUCACCGCUCCGCAUGAACAAACCGCGCAUACCUAGUGGGGUGGAAGCCUUGCAGUCCCCGAUAACGUCGCCUGUGUUGACUACAACGGAGUUCUCUUCGCCUGCUAUAGCACCAAUCCAUCACCAUCGUCGACAAUCAUCCACUGCUGGGUCGGACGGUCCCCGGCCAAACUCACCCCGACUAGCACCCGUUAGCCAGCCACAGCCGCGUGCAGUGCCGCCUUCAAUCAAGGACUUCGAGAUCAUCAAACCUAUCAGCAAAGGAGCCUUCGGCAGCGUCUACCUGGCCAAGAAGAAAUCCACUGGAGAGUAUUAUGCAAUCAAGGUUCUGAAGAAGGCUGAUAUGGUUGCCAAGAAUCAGGUCACUAACGUCAAGGCGGAAAGGGCCAUCAUGAUGUGGCAGGGCGAGAGUGAUUUCGUUGCCAAACUUUACUGGACAUUUUCAAGCAAGGACUAUUUGUACCUUGUCAUGGAGUAUCUCAAUGGCGGCGAUUGUGCUUCAUUGAUCAAGGUGCUUGGGUCGCUUCCCGAGGAUUGGGCGAAGAAGUAUUUGGCUGAAGUCGUGCUUGGCGUUGAGCACCUGCACAGUCGUAGUAUUGUUCAUCGCGACUUGAAGCCAGAUAACCUCCUCAUUGACCAGAAGGGCCACCUAAAGCUUACGGAUUUUGGACUCUCGCGCAUGGGUCUGAUAGGUCGUCAGAAGAGAGCUCUCAACAACAAGUCUGCUGAGCCGGUUCCAGAUCUACUGAAGUCUGGACCUUUCCAUCGUGCUGUGUCUAUCGGAUCUUCACGUUCUGCAUCUUUCGAUCUAAACCCAUCUCCAUCGCAGACACCAAGCAUGACACCAGCGCUAACAGGAGAUCUCGGCCAGCCAUCGUAUUUCAGCUUGAACCGCGAGACUGCAACCCGCGAUCCAUCCAGAAGGACAUCGGGGAACCGGAGCGAUAGCGGAGAUAGCGACGCGUUGCAGGCCAUGUUCCGCCGCUUUUCCAUUAUGGAAGACCACGGCCAGGCGCGACGGUCUCCGAUCGAAGAAGAAGGAUACAGCGACGAAGGUUCUCCAGAUCUGUUCCCCCUGGCUCCCACGAUCAGCCAAUCGACUGCUGCUCAGAAUAGUACGCCACCGCUUUCUUCGGCUAUGCCACCUCCGCCCAUGGCGCUCUUCGACCCUGAGGACAACAACCGUCGAUUUGUUGGUACUCCUGACUAUCUGGCGCCUGAGACGAUCGCAGGUAGUGGCCAAGAUGAAGUCAGUGAUUGGUGGUCUUUGGGUUGCAUACUGUUCGAGUGUCUUUAUGGCUACCCUCCGUUCCAUGCCGAUACUCCUGAUGAAGUCUUCCAGAAUAUUUUAGAGCGCAGGAUUGACUGGCCGGAAAACGACGAGGACUAUGGGUUAUCUGACGAAGCCAAAGAUCUCAUAAAUCGUCUUUUAUGUCUCGACCCAGCUAAGCGACUUGGCGCCAACAUGGAAGACAAGUUUGCCAGUGGUGGAGAGGAGAUUCGCAGCCACCCUUGGUUUGCAGAUGUCAACUGGGAAAGUCUCCGCGAUGACGAAGCAUCGUUCAUCCCAGCACCCGAGAACCCCGAAGACACUGAAUAUUUCGACACCAGAGGGGCUGCUAUGGCUAACUUUGCACCGGAGUUCGAAGAUACCAGCACUUCUACAGCCGUUACGCCCAGCCAGGACUAUCCUGACCGACCUCACGAUGCUCUGUCCCGCGUUCGCUCGCAGGUCAGUGUCACCACGAUGAAACGUGGCCUUAUACCGUUACAUAUACCGGCCCAUGUCCGCGAAGGUAGAUCGAGAAGGCUUAGUGAGCCGAUGGCUACUGAUGACUUUGGCAACUUCAGCUAUAAGAACCUUCCAGUGCUUGAAAAGGCGAACAAGGACGUCAUUCAGAAGCUACGCGCGGAAGCAAUGCAGUCACAGAGCAAGCCAAGCUCUGCGGUGCAAUCCCCGAGCGUGACUUCUCCAUCUCCAUCUCUAGAGUCGAGUCCAAUGAUCCCCGGCCAACUGAAACGUACACUGUCGACCACCAAGCCCACAGGCCGUCCUUCAUCCCCAUCCAUUAGCGGGCCUAAUUCGUCCCCUAGCCGGGGCUCUCAGCCUUCGUCGCCGCUUCUAGUCCAGUUCAGCACUGGCCAGCAUCAUGAACGACGUAAAACAUCAGCCAGCAGUUCAUCAACCUUAUCGCAUGCAAUUAGCAGUCCCGCUUCCCUCCAGCCUGGCAGCUUUUUCGAAGGACCACGUUUGUCAUCCGGCUUACGCCCCUCUCCCUCUCCCGAUGCUAUAUCGCCUAUCAAGCUAGUCAAAACACCUUCUGCCAUGUCAGCCUCAUUCUCUGAGAAAGGCAAUCCCAGUCAGCGUCAAAGCUCAUUUGGGCAGACAAGCGUACCGUCUCGCACACGAUCACAGACAAUCGGUUCCCAAGAAGGAGAUGUUGUUACCAACCUACUUCCUAGCCACCACAAGCGCAGAAGUCAAGUCCUCGAUAUCUCGCCUUCCUCAUCCGAUACAGAAGAUACUCGCGCCAAAGCACUCCUUCGAGUGCAACGGCGAAGACAAAGCUCUCGGCGUCUGUCCCAGAUAUCGCUUGCAGAUGGGCCGAUGUUCCGACCUUUAGAUGUACUGGUAUGUGAAGACCAUCCUGUCUCACGCUUGGUCAUGGAGAAACUACUAGAAAAAUUGCGCUGUCGUACUCUCACUGUCACGAACGGGUCGGAAGCUGUCCGCUAUGCUAUGGGCGAGGUCAAAUUUGAUAUCAUCAUGAUGGAAUUCAAGCUGCCUCAAGUCAAUGGUGCAGACGUGGCACGAAUGAUUAGGGAUACGAAAAACGCCAACUCCAACACCCCUAUCGUCGCAGUGACCGGUUACCUCAAAGAACUAUCAGCUCCACACCACUUCGACGCGCUCAUUCAGAAGCCUCCUACGAUUGCGAAGCUGUCAGACACACUGGGUAAACUGUGUCAGUGGAAGCCUCCCCCACCGAAUUGGACUUCAGCAUCCAGCAUGUACCCAUCAAUGAUGCCGUCUAGCCUGCGCCAAGAAUCAUCUCGACAAGAUGGCAGUCCUACCUCAAAUUCCUCGAGCUUUCCAACAGUUCCUUCGGGCAGCUACCGCGGGUCUAGUCGAGAAGACUCAAUCAGCUCGAGCUUCUUCGGUGACAACGACAGUCGAACCGGAGAUGAUGUGCCUGUCGUAAUUGCGCGUCAUAAUACCGACGAUUGGCGUGAGCGGGAUCUAGCUCGAGAGAUGAGUGGCUUGGGUAUUUCCGAAGAUGCAGCCAAUGUCGAUCCCCUGGCGGGGCAGAAACUGGCUGUUCCGCAUGACCCAGUAUCUGCACCACCUGCCAUGGAAGAUCCGACGAUCCGACGUCAACCUUCUGCUGAGUUGGUAGGAGCCAAACGGCGCGUUAUGGGCACACGCAAGCACGAGUCCGCUGAGUCAGGCGACGACGAAGACGACGAGCUAGGCAACGCCAACGUCCGCGCGAGAAGCCCGAAAACACGGCCAAAAUCAUCUUCGAAGCUCGGUAUCGAGAUGAUGCGAACGAACAGCAGGGGCAGUGUCAUCUCCGUGGAAAACAUCCCAGUGGACGACUCUAUACUGCCUUCUUCCCCGCCCCCUGCUAUUUCAGAAGACCGCACUGCCGAAGAGCUUGAGGACGCGUAUCAAGUCCCUACAGCCACGCUUACACCGCCCGAGAUCUUCCCUCGCGCGCCUGGACAUAAAGUUGAAGAGAUAGAGGUCGACAUGGAGACACCGAAGGCGAACCAGAAGGCAGCCGAGGAGCGAGACCCUGAUCCCACUCCGCGGGCCAACACGUCGCCUAGCACAUAG